AGACACGAUUAGAGUAGCAAGACCGCUGCUCUGCUUUCUGCAGGUUCAUUGGCUUUCAGAGUCUCACUGGAGCGAAGAGGGAACCUCCAAGAGCUCGAUUCUCACCCUAACGUGAAUUUUUCACUCCACGAGAACUGAGACUGCUGGCUGGAUUUCUCUUCUGGCGUUUUUAAAAUAGAAACAUAGGAAAAAUAAUGUCAGAGCAUAGCAGGAAUUCAGAUCAAGAGCUCCUUGAGGAGGAGCUUGAUGAAGAUGAGCUCUUGGCCAACCUGUCUCCCGAAGAGCUGAAGGAGCUGCAGUCAGAAAUGGAAGUCAUGGCCCCUGACCCUCACCUUCCUGUGGGCAUGAUCCAGAAAGAUCAGACAGACAAGCCACCGACGGGAAACUUCGACCAUAAAUCUCUUGUUGAUUAUAUGUAUUGGCAAAAGGCGUCCAGGCGCAUGCUGGAAGACGAACGUGUUCCCGUCACCUUUGUGCAGUCUGAGGAAAACACUCAAGAACAGCAUGAAGAAAGAGACAGAAAAAAUAAAAAUGUGUCCCAGUUUUUAAGAGAAAAGCUCAAUAAUGAAAUAGCUGCAAUUACAAAGAAAUCAACGAGAGGCAACAAUGUCCAAGAAACCGAUGAUGAUGACAGCGAGGCUGAGGAAGGUGAAGAUGAUGAAGGAGAAGAGGAUGGUGAAGAGAGUGAUGAAAAAGCGACAGGGGAAGAGGAAAGGAAAGCAGAGGAAGAAAUCAGAAAUUGUGAGAGCAACUGCCAACAGGUACCCACUCAAACCUUCACGGAACAGGCAGAUCAACCAGAGGCCCAAGAAAAAAGUGAGAAAAAAAUAUCAAAAUUAGAUCCUAAGAAGUUAGCUCUAGACACCAGUUUUCUGAAAGUGAGUGCAAGGCCUUCAGGGAACCAGACGGAUCUGGAUGGGAGCUUGAGGAGGGUGAGGCAAAACGACCCUGACAUGAAGGAACUCAACCUGAACAACAUUGAAAACAUCCCCAGGGAGAUGUUGCUGGACUUUGUCAAUGCCAUGAAGAAGAACAAACAUAUCAAGACUUUCAGUCUGGCGAAUGUGGGCGCCGACGAGAGCGUCGCCUAUGCCUUGGCGAACAUGCUGCGAGAGAACAGGAGCAUCACGACGCUCAACAUUGAGUCCAACUUCAUCACGGGAAAAGGCAUCGUGGCCAUCAUGAGGUGUCUCCAGUUCAAUGAGACGCUCACUGAACUCCGAUUCCACAAUCAGAGGCACAUGCUCGGCCACCAUGCUGAAAUGGAGAUAUCCCGGCUUUUGAAGGCCAACACUACUCUGCUGAAGAUGGGCUACCAUUUUGAGCUUCCAGGUCCUAGGAUGGUGGUAACUAAUCUGCUCACCAGGAAUCAGGACAAACAAAGGCAGAAAAGACAAGAAGAGCAGAAACAACAGCAGCUCAAAGAGCAGAGAAAGUUAAUCGCCAUGCUGGAGAAUGGCUUGGGGCUGCCCCCAGGGAUGUGGGAGAUGUUAGGAGGACCCAUGCUGGAUCCCAGGAUGCAGGAGUUCCUCCAGCCACCUCCUCAGCCUCCCAACGCCCAGCCGGUUCCCUUCAGCCGGAGAAAUGAGGUGAUGAAAAAGCCAUCGCAGCCUCCGCAGCACAAGACAGACCCUGACUCCUUCCGAGUGGUGAAGCUGAAGAGGAUCCAGCGCAAAUCCCGCAUGCCGGAAGCCAGAGAAGCACCGGAGAAAACCAACCUCAAAGACGUGAUCAAAACACUCAAGCCAGUGCCGAGGAACAGGCCACCCCCAUUGGUGGAAAUCACUCCUAGAGAUCAGCUCCUAAAUGACAUUCGUCACAGCAACAUUGCUUAUCUGAAACCUGUGCAGUUGCCGAAAGAACUGGCAUAAGAGGCUGCAGAGUGAAGAGCAAGAGGAAGAGCAGGGAGUUGAAACAGUGACUCUUUGGCCACCGCCCUUCUGCACCAGGAGGUGGGACAGAGGCCGUGCUUACGCCCGAGGGGAAUCAGUACAAAGCACAAAGCUUGGGGCGCACAAAACAUGGGCGGAGGAAGGGAGAAGGAGACAAAAAUCCUAACGAUCACGGGCAAUAUUUUCUACCUGCAAUCAGUCUGAGCGCCUUAGGUGUAAUUUAGAGUCAUGUUUUCAGGGGCAGAAGCUUAAAAAAUGUUUUUAUGAACAUUUGCUUUACUAUUGCUUUCUUCUGGUAAAUAAUAAACAAGACAGAAGUGUUACCCAUUCA